AUGGCUCCUAUAUACCACCUGUGCUCACACAUUGAAAACUCGUAUCGUUCACAAAUGCGUCGCAUUGCUGUUCCUUACUCAAAAACAAACAAGGCCAUUUGUGCUGUUCUCUACGAAGAAGGUUUCAUCUCUUCACUGACAACUGGCGAUGAGAGUGGACCUUUUGAUCGUGGCUACAUGGUUCCCAUCACUCCUGACAACGUCGCUCAGCGGAGACUCUGGCUGGAUCUUAAGUACAGAUCGGGAAUUUCCGCUCUUACACAAAUGAAGGUCAUUUCCAAGCCUUCUCGGAGAGUUCAUGCCAGUUUUGAAGAAUUACGAGCUAUUGCUGCAGCAAAUCGGGCAGGUCCAUUGUUGAAGCCUCAACUAGCUGGUCAGAUUACGAUUGUGGAUACUCCUUAUGGAAUUGUGGAGUUGAAGGAUGCUUUAUCAAAGGAAGUCGGUGGCGAGGUCUUAUGUACCGUUUUAUAA